GGACGCCCUGCGGGCAGGCGACCCGGCGCCUGCAGCGAUGCCGCCAGGGUCGGGCGCGAGUUGGGCAGCGUUCCGUGCGGGCCUGCAGGAGGCCCUGCGGAUCGAGAAGAGGACCAACGGGUGGGGCCACCUGCACCUCAAGCAGGUCUUCGGCGUGUUCGCCGCCCACGGCGAGCGAUUGCUUUCCGUCGACGCGGCGCUGGGGGCCCAGCUCAUCUUCGUCAUCGUGGGCGGCCAGUGGUUCUGGCCCCCCGUCCGCGAGGGCUUCGUCCGGGCGCUGCCGAGCCUGGGGAUGCAGCUGGAGACGCUCUCCGUGCAGCCCGUGGCCUAUCUGGGGCUUCCUGAAGCCUCAGGAGUGUGACGAGAUAGUCCGAUUGGGCGCUGGUCGUAUGGAGUCUUCUCCAGUCAGCCUCAUGGAUAAAGACAAGGGCAAGGCUGCAAAGGAGUUUCGGACAAGCUCCCAGGCAAGGAUAUCCCAGAUGGAGAGCGCCAUGCUUUGGGAUAUAGACACGCGGGUGGGUAAUCUCACCGGGUUGCCCAAAGUCCACAACGAGGAGAUCCAGAUCUUGAAGUACCAGAAGACCCAGUACUACUCGUCGCAUCUCGAUAACUGGGACCCCAGCUUCUACUCCGACCCCUCCGUCAUCGCCCCGCUCGACCACGGCCACUUCAACCGCAUGAUCACCGUGUUCUGGUACCUCACGACGGUGGACAGGGGCGGCGAGACGAUCUUCCCGCGCUCGAACGGGCUACCCCAGCCGUCGGACAUGUGGAGUUGCGAGCACGGCCUCAAGGUUCAGCCCGUCAAGGGCACCGUCAUCUUCUGGUAUUCCCUCCACCCGAACGGGAACACUGACCCGAACGGCCUCCACGGCGCUUGCCCGGUCGAGGAGGGGGAGAAGUGGGCGGCGAACUUCUGGGUUUGGAACAAGCCCAGGACCGGGUCGGUCGGCGACUCGUUCGCGGAGGCCCUGGCCGCGAAGGCUGGGGCGGGCGGAGAGCGUCGGCCCGUGUUCCCCCAGAGUGCCACGGCGGCGCCCGGCUGGGCACCCUACGGCGUCGUGGCGUCGCUGGUCGGACUGCUCGUGGCGCUCGCCGUCUUCCGGGGCGCGCCCGCGCUGCUGGGGGGCUCGGGCUCCAAGAGCGGCAAGGCUGGCCGGGCCGACAGGAAGGAGGCGAAGAAGAAGCGGCGCAGGAUCAUGGCGCACUUCGCCGCAGCGGCAGCAGAGCAGGGCAGCGACGUGCUGCUGGUGAUCGGCGCCGAGCACGUGGCCGAGGUCGAGGAGAUCCUGGCGGCGGGAGGCCCAGGCGACGGCGCGCAGGAGCUCCUGGGCGCCGCGGGCGGCGAGGACGCCGCGGCCGGCGACGAGUCGGACUGGCGCGUGGAGCUCGAGAAGCGGGCGCUGGUGGCCGCGUUCCUCAACUCCACGCGCACGUUCCCGCCCGAGGUGGUGCUGCUGCCCAGAGAGCAGCUGCUCCCCGAGUACGCCGAGCAGGUGGCCAAGAUCUACCCCAGGUACCGGGAGAUGUUCAUGGGCCGGCUGUCCUCGGCCCGCACACGCGUCUCCAGCAAGAGCCACGUCAACAAGGGUGAAAGCCACAGACUGCAAGAGUUGGACAGGGUGAAGGCUGAAGCGGACAAGGGCGAGGCGAUCACGGUGGGCGUUCGCCUGCGGCCCCUGCUGCCGCACGAGAAGGGGCAGAAGCCGAUUCUGAAGAUCAUAGGAGACAAGGUCGUGUCCGUGGUGGAGGGGGCCGGGGUGAAGUACACGGGCCCUUCCAGCUUCCAGUUCGACUACGCGAUGGACAGCACCGAUGCCUCGAGCCCCAGCUACGUCGGCGCGGCGAAAUGCUACGACCUGAUGGGCCGGCGCAUGCUGGAGCACAUGAUGCUGGGCUACAGCACUUGCCUGUUCUGUUACGGUCAAACUGGCACAGGGAAGACCACCACCAUCAUGGGCAAGCCGUCGCCGGUCGAGGAGCAGGGCAUCCUCCUGAGGCUGAUCACCGAGCUGUUCGCCGAGGUGGCGCGCCUGCAGGCCGAGGGCUACGAGGCGACCGUGCAGCUGCAGAUGCUGGAGGUGUACAACGAGAAGAUCUCGGACCUGCUGGUUCCUCGGAACAAGAGCAACUCACCGGGGGGCGACAACAAGAAAGUCGACGUCCAUGUGCACCCGGACAUCGGGGUGUAUCUCACAGGGGCGACGGAGCUCACGGUGGAGAAGGCCGACAAGUGUGCGCAGUGGAUCGAGUUUGGGAACUCUAUGAAGACAGUCCACGCCACGGCGAUGAACUCCCAAAGCUCCCGCGGGCACACUGUCGUCAAGAUCAACGUAGAGCGGAAGGGUGGCCCCGACGGCACGGUCCUGCGCUCCGAGGUGUACUUCGCAGACCUCGCCGGCCGCGAGAACGAGAAGACCACGCAGGUCCAGGGGGAUCGCCUGAUCGAGCUCACGUUCAUCAACCGCAGCCUCCUGCAGCUGGCGAACUGCAUCCAGACCCUCGGCAAGGCCGGCAUGGCCGCCCGCAGGAAGACCACCAUGAAGCCCCAGGCCCCGAGCCCGCCGGACGGGGCACCCGAGGACAGCCCGCCGCCCCCGAGCAAGAAGGGCAAGGACAUGUCCAAGUUCCGCAACUCGAAGCUGACGCUCCUGCUCUCCAACGCCCUGAGCGGCAAUUCCCGCACGGCCAUGAUCGGCACGCUGAGCCCCGCGAUCGGCAACUUCGAGGAGAGCUACAGCACCCUGAGAUUCGCUGUCACGGUGGGGGCGAUCAAAGUGGAGGCCACCAAGACAACCGAGCAGGACUACCCCGCCCUCGUGAAGAAACUCCAGGGCGAGGUCGCGGAGCUGAGGUCGCAGCUGUCAGAGGCCAAGGCCAACGUCUUCACGGACCACGGCAUCAAAUUGGUCGAGACGGAGGUGCGGGCACGGGAGGAGCUCGUCGACAGGCUCACGAAGGACCCCAAGGUCGCGAGGAGGGAGUCGAAGACCCACGAGCACCUCAUGCAGGACGUCAUGCGGCAAUACGGCAUCAAGGAGUUCUCGGAGGUCCCGUUUCCCCGUCUGGUGAAUUGUUCCGACGACUCGGGCGAGAUCGGCAAGAUGCUGUACCACAUCCCGGACGACGAUGUCGAGCACCCCCUCGGGUCCGAUGACUCCAACGACUUCCGGCUGCCACCACGCACGGGAGUGUUGCCGAGGAUGUGCACGCUGCGCAACGACGGCCAGCAUGUCUGGAUACGGCUCGCCCGCCCGGCAGAGGACAAAGAGCACCCCAAGGCGGCGGACGUCAGGAUCGACGGGGUGCCGCUGGGCCCGGAGGAGGCGCGGGUCGGGCAUCUGAGCUGCCUGCACUUCGGGCCGGCGACCGCGUUCUACGUCUGCACGGAGCAGGUCUCCAAGGAGGAGCUCUUCCGCAGGUGGAGCGAGCCUCCCACGAACGCCUCCGCCGAGGAGCUGAUGUCGCUCAUCCUGGGCGACGGGCGCGACGAGCAGCGCGAGCAGAUCGGGCAGGCCGCCAAACGGCCGUGGAGGUGCGCGCGCGCGCCGGGGCGCUUCGACUCUCCCCUCGCCUUCGCUCCAGGGGGCGCUGCCUGCCCGUCUGGGCCCAUGGCCGACUCGGUCGCCUCGGGCCCCCUGCGCGAGCGGCUCCUGGCGGACGGCCCCGCCGAGGUCGGCGUCAUCGUGGAGUCCAGGGAGUGGGGCAGCGCGACGUCGUCCAGCCAGGCGUCGGAGGAUCCGCUGCGCAGCCGCCAGGAGCGCUACGCGCGCCUGAACAAGGAGCUGGAGGGGGGCCUCCAGGAGGAGGUCCCCGACUCGGGCAGCCGCGUGCUCAUCACCUGGCUCAUGACGCCGAGCGUUAUCCGCUGCUUCAGCUACUUCUUCAUUUUCGUCUCGCAGUACUUCCACCUGGCUUGCCUGGUGGUGAUGGCCCGGUCUGGCAACUGGGUGGCAAUGGCUUGCCUGUUGCCCUCGCACAUGCUGGUCGUAGGGAUCGAGGUCUACUGCGCGCGGCAAGACCGCGAUCUGGUCCAGCUUCGUCGGAAGCUGAAGACGGGCUACUGUCGUCGAGGCUGUCGUGUGGCCGUCUUCGAGGCCGCAGUUCUCAUCUUCGGAGGGUUGUUUUUUGGAUAUCCGCUCGUGCGUACUAUCCGCUGCUUGACGAAGGAGCGCGACAAAAGCUUUAUCGACGAGAUCGAGCAGAGCGCCGCCGGGUUCGACGCCGGUGCCCCGGGCAUGCGCUUCGACACGCACGCCAUGCUGGUGUCCGAAGUGCCUCGGGUGGUGGUCGCUCACAAACCGCCGAUCAGCGCGUAUUGGGACCGGAGGUGUUCUGCAUCUGUUCCGCCGUGGCGCUGA